CAGGCCGCCUCGGCGCAGCCUACCCGCAGCUGAAGACAGCGCCUUCUGUCGCCGGCGAGCUGGCGGACCCCAAUAUAUGGCCCGACAACCCAAUCAGGCCGCGUGGGAACGCCCCCAGCGUGACGUCACACCGGAGGACCACGGGGCAUCUUGGGAGGCGAGAGAGAAAAGCGCUCCGCUAGCGGGAGCGGGGGCGCCUUGCGCAUGCGCCACUCCACUCCGGAAGUGAGUCCGGGGAGGCCGCGUUACCACAGCAACCGAGGCCUUCUCCUUCGCACCCGACCGCAGCGGCUCUACCUGGGCGUCUUCGGAUUUCAUUUCUAACCCCUGCCCUGGGGUUAACCCUAUCAUCUCGCCAAAUGGUCGGGCCGGGGGCUUUUGUGACGUUGAGCUGAGCCAGGAGGGGUCAGGGCCUGGGUGGGGAUGGGGCGCGAUCACCCCACGGGCCGCUGGUGGGAUGGGUCUGUGCAACUCCAAGCUGCCCCAGAUGGGCAGGCCCCUGAGGCCCCAGGAGAAGGGUAACAUCGCGGGGGUGGCUGGCUUACGGUGGGGAAGGGAAGGAGGCUCUGGAGGGCGGGAGAGUACAGGUGUCCCACGUCCCCCAAGUCCACCCCCACCCCCUCCCCCACUGUGGUAGUAACACAACUGCGCAUGCUCGGGGCCAGUCUUUCAAAGAGCCGCUUGACCACCUGCUGUGCUGGGUUCUGGGUAGUCCGUGGUCGAUGUGGCAAACCAGCUCCCUGUUCUCUUGGAGAGUACGGUGUGGAGGAGGAGACGGUCUCAGAAAAUGGUACCUGUAACCCAGGAGGAAUCGGAGCUGCCACAGGGAAAGAGCAGGUGGCCCUGCGGGCUCAGGGAAGAGGGGAGGUUUAAACUAGGAGUUGGCUAAGCAGAAGGGGAGGGAAGACAGACACCAAAACUGCACCGUAAACUACAGCACUCCAUAGAUGUGUUUGACAGUUGCGGACAUUCAUCAACUCGGCACCCACUACGAUAUGUCGGAAACCAUGCCAACUACUAGAAAUAUAGGGACGAGGAAGACAAAUAGACCUCGUCCUCGUGGAGUACAGAGUCUGGCUGGGGAGGCGAACAGAGCAAACAUCCUCACGUCCCCCUUGAUCAUCUUCGUGAUGGGCGGCCCAGGCUGUGGCAAAGGAACGCAGUGCAAGAACAUGGCGACCAAGUAUGGCUUCUGCCACAUGGGGCUGGGCCAGCUGCUGCGGCAAGAGGCCCAACAGGGCACCCGGCGGGGCCAGAAAAUCCGUGACAUCAUGCUGCAGGGGCUUCUGGUGCCCACGGGUGUCAUCCUUGACAUGAUCAGCGAUCACAUGCUGUCCUGCCCGGAGAGCCGGGGCUUCCUCAUUGACGGCUUCCCCCGGGAGCUGAGGCAGGCCAAGGAGUUUGAGCGCAUUGUGAGUGACCCCAACACCCGUGAGGGCAGAAGCUGGGCCCCCUCCCCGCCUCGGAUGCAGAUCCGCAGGGGCCAGACCCGGGGGAGAAGAGUUGAUGACGGAGAUGCGGUUUUGCGUUAUCUUGGGGACGGACGGUCAGACUGUUGGAAGCGUCUGGAACCUGGGUGAAGAGCUGGUGGGCUCUCCGAGGGUGGGGACAAAGUCGUUUUGUGUUUUGUUUCGUUUCGUUUUUGGCUGCACCACACAGUGGUGAGGGAUCUUACUUCCCGGACCAGGGAUAGAACCUGCGC